AUGGCCAUUGGGGCUUUGAAGAAGAAGUUUUCUUCUCAUUGGCUAGAUUGCGAAUGCCGAUUCCGAAUGUUGCUGAACAAAUCACUUUAUCAGUCAUCUGCUGGAGGAUAUGCCUGCAUAGUCCGACUUCUGCUCGAUAAGAGUGCCGAUCCUGAUGCGCAGAUUGGGCGUUUCGGAACAGCCCUGCAAGCAGCCUCUCUCUAUGGCCGUGAAAGAGUGGUUCAGCUGCUGCUGGAAAGGAAUGCCAGCGUCAAUUUGCACGACGGAAGAUUUGCAGCAGCUAUUCAGCUAGCAUCAGCGAAUGGCCAUGAAAAGAUUACCCAGCUGCUCGCGGAUAGAGAUGCCGAUGUUGACGCUCAAGGUGGGGGCUUUGCAACAGCUCUGCAAUCGUCUGCAGCAAAUGGCCACGGGAAGAUUGUACAACUUCUACUUCAUAAAGGCGCAAAUAUAAAUGCGCGUGGGAGAGGCUACGGGACCGCCCUGCAGGCAGCAGCGGCACAGGGCCAUGAGAACAUUGUGCGAAUUCUACUUGACAGGCAUCCUGACCUUGAUGCACAAGACGAGAAGUUUGCAACAGCCCUCCAGCUUGCAUCAACAAAAGCUUGCGUCGCUUCACGGCCACGGCGGGAUUAUUACUCUCCUCAUCAACAAGAAGGCUGA